AUGAGCUGGAACCUCGGCAACAGCGGCGGCGGCUGGCCGGCCAACAGCCACCCGCAGGCCGAGCCGUACUACGUCAACAACGGCAAGUACGCCGGCGUCAACUACGAGAACUUCCAGCAGUACGCCGCCCAGGCGCAUCAGCACUUCGCCAACCGCUACAACGGGCCGUACUCCAACCUCGGCAACCUCAGCGCCAAGGCGGUGUACGAGCAGUGCGCAGCGCCGUACGGAGGGUACCCGAGCGGCGCGCCGGCCCGGCCCGAGGCCGGCGAUGGCCGCGACUUCGCCGCCUGCAAGAUGCCCACCUUCCCGACGGGCCCGCUGCCCGACGCCAUGCACGUGCAGAACUUUGCUGGCAUGGAGGAUAUGCAUUACGCAGCGGCAGCGGCCGCCGCCAAGGGCCCCGGCGGCAUCUUUCCCUGGAUGAAGGCGCCCAGCAGCAGCAGCAGUGCCGAGCAGAGCGGCCCGGCCGCCGCCCAGGCCGGCGCCACCGCGAACAAUAACAAUGACAAAGACUCGAAGGCGGAGGUUACGCGGCAAGUGUACCCCUGGAUGAAGAGGGUUCACAUCGGGCAAAGUCAAGUGAACGCCAACGGGGAGACGAAGCGGCAGCGGACGUCGUACACGAGGUACCAGACGCUGGAACUGGAGAAGGAGUUCCACUUCAACCGCUACCUGACGCGCCGGCGGCGGAUAGAGAUCGCGCACGCGCUCUGCCUCACCGAGCGGCAAAUCAAGAUCUGGUUCCAGAACCGGCGCAUGAAGUGGAAGAAGGAGCACAAGAUGGCCAGCAUGAACGCCCUUCCGCAGAUGCCGCCGCACCUAGCCGGCAUGGGCAUGCCGCAUCCCCAUCAUGCCGCCGCCUUCCACCCGGGCAUGUCGGAGCAGUUCUUCACAGGCUUCUGGGGCACCGGAUUCCAGGACAAUUUCGGUUAUGGCUACAGUAAGCCCUUCUGAGACAACGCCGCCUGGUGGUCGGACCCAAGCUCGCCCUGGUUCGCCUCCAGCCAAUCCUCGCUGCUCCUGUAGACCGGCGGCGCGCCGCCGGCGGUCACUUCCGGGUCGCCGGGUCAGCAGGGUCACCUGCUCGGAGCCCCAGCCGCCACCCCACCGGUGCAUCGACUCGCCCCGGCCGGGCGCCGACCCCUUCCCGGCGAUUUUUGAUCGAUGACUCGCACAAAUUUGUAAAAAAUCAUCGCGCUCGAACCAAUCAUCGACGCAUGAGCGCUGGCGCCGCGGCCGCGACGGACGAUUUCGCGGGAGGCGCGGCUGCCAGUUUGGCCCCUAUUGGUGUGUGACGGCACGGCCGAUUAAGGACAUUCACAUCAUGGCGACGAGUAUAAAAGCGCGGCCGGAGGGCAACGCGGCGGCAGCGAGGUGAAAUACGUCUUAAUUGAUCGACUGACACCAGGAUUAAUGGCAGCGGCCGACUGGUGCGCCGCCGCGCCGGCCGGGCCGCCCCGACCCGAGGCCAACGAUCUCAGCGCCCGUCGCUCUCCCCGCCGGCCGCGCCUCCGCGCUCUGCCCUCCGCCCGUCUGUCUGUAUGUCUGUCUGUCCGCGCGUCGGUGGCGCCCGCGAGGGUCAGCCGUUCUUCUGAGGCCGACGGUCCUGCGUGGGCCCGGCGGGCCGGCCGCGCGGCGUCUCCUUGUUUGGCCUCCCGGGCGGUGCCGGCGCGCCCGCGCACUCCGCCUGAGGUCACCAGGCCCGGACAGGAGCGAGCACCAGCGAGCGGCGACGCCACGUUCCCCCGCGUGUUUUGUACAUACCUACCUAGUAAUUUAAUGAGGUGGUGCCGCGCAGCGAGUGUGGAUAUUUGUGUCAGUAUUAAUUUGGUCUUUCUUCGGCGCACUGCGAAAGAAGCCAAUCCCACUUCCGUGUUCCGAGGCAGAGUGCGCGGUCUGACCCGGUCUGACCCGGUUUGCCCUCCGGGCGUACGUGACCCGCCGUAAGAGCGCGAGCGCCGGCGACCGCGCGCUCGGGCGAUCGUGCAAUGACGCCUAGGCUGCGUAGCUGGCUGGCGACACGUCUGUACCCUCCUGCCCCUCCGUCCCCGCCGCCCGCCCCCGCCGGGGGAAAAUACUCAACUGUGACCGUGACCGCGCCCGAGGCCUGUUGAACCUCUCGACUCCCAUUGUUACUGUAAAUGUCCGAUUCCAAAACUAGCGGAUAAUAUGCAGUCAGCAGCCGUAGCGGGUAGACUCUCGUGGCAGAAUAUUUUAACGUAUCCAUUUUAUAGCUGCAAUAGGCCUAGUUGUGGUGUCCAUUGCUGCGUAGCCCCGGCGAGAUCGGCUGGCUGCCCGAAGACGUACUGAAGGUGAGGCAUGGAAGCUGGAAGCCCGGCUUGUGAGGUUAUUUCGGCGAGUUGUUUUGUUUUGACGACAAUCACUAUUCUAGAUGACUGAUCAGUGUUUUUGAUUGCUCUUGAUGUGAUUGCUAAACUGCUUGUUUGUGACAUUAUCCUUGAGUGUACAACACACGAUGUAAAUGUACGUGUAAAUAUAUCUUCAUGUUCAAACG